CAAUUAAUAACUACAGGACUAUGAAAGCAUGGCAAUAGUAGUAUAUGGCAAAGCUUUACAUAACCUCCCCAAUUAACAACGAUACCCUAUAUCGUCCCGUCACAACUGUGGAUACCAACACUACCAAUCCAACAGCAGCUGAUAGCAUUGAUAAUCACCAUGGUAACCAGGUGAUUAUAACAGAUAAAUGCGAUAAUGAGGUGUUAAUUGAUGAUGAGGUAAUAAUUGCAGAUAAAACAGACAAUAAGAUGGUUGAGGGGUAUAGUGUUGAUAGGGAGAGCUCUAUUGAGUACGUUAAAACUGUGAGUCAGAUAACACACGAGACGUCCAGUGCUUGCGGUCAAACUAAAGACAUGAUUCAGAUUACAGACGCUGAGAUUAAGAAUUUGUCCAUCGAAAACGAAAGCAAAUCAUCAGAUCAGCUGCUCUCCGAAGAUUUACCAAAUCAAACUUUAUCGGAGAAAUCAGAUUUAUCAGAUAAUAUGUCAGCGGAGAAAGUUGUGAACAUAGCAGCAGGCUUUCCAACUGUCCUUGAUUCGAGAUCAGAGUCUGACGCGCUCACGGCAGCGGCUGAAAAAGUAAACGAAGUGCUCCUAUCCGAGAACAGCCCUGCGAAUCCAACACAACCUAAAUCUGUUUUCAGCGACUGUGUCAGUGAAAUUGUAGUUAUCCCCGACGAAAGUCCCACAAACCACGAACCCCGGUCGGGAGCUCAUAAUUUGGCCACUCAGCCAAAUAUUAUUUCUUCUUCAUUUCGAAUCCCUACCAUCCAGUCCAGUGCUAACAUAUCAUUGGCAACACUCCAAAAACCAGACACGAUAAUAUCUUUAGCAGAUGUUAAACCUGUGAUCUCCUCUCACCCUGCUACCACCUCCAAUAUAACCCCUCCCAUGACCAGUCUUCAACAAUCCUUCAUACAAAAACUAAUCCCGUCCCUGAUAAACCUUAACAAACCCAGCCCUUCGCCAGUUAGCUCUGUCAGCUCGCCCCCUAUCCCUGCGCUCAUACCAGCUAGUCAGACCCGCGCGAGCGGGGUUGCUCCCUCUGGAGUCGGGACGAGUAGCAGAUCUAACGGUGUCAUUACAAUUGAUGAUGAUGAUGAUUUGGUUGUGACCCAGGUGAUUAAGCCGGCAACAGGACCCGCUCCAGCAGCCCCACCACCAGCAGCAGCAGUCCCCUCAGCACGGAAUGACAGUCUUCUACAGCUAGUUUCUAAGAUAAAGAGUAUGGUGGAACCCACUGCAGCUAGUCAGCCAAAACUCAAACAACUUCAACAGACUCUGGCGUCACUGAUAAAGAACCAAGGUCUAAGUCGUAACAUGGCAGCGUCGCCCCAACACCAGCAAGCCACCAGUACUGCUACCACCUCGCAGCGUGUAAACUACCAACAACUACACCAACAACAACAGUCCUCUACUCAGAGAGCAGCUGGGUUUAAUCAGGACGUGCUUCAAAACGUGUCCACGCCCCAACGACAGGGAGGACAGCCCCAACAGAUACCACAACGACAGCUCCAGGCCCUGCUACAGCAGGCCAUUGCCAACAGGACACAGCAAGCGGUACAGCAGCACACAACACAUCCCAAACCACACUCUUCUCAUCAACAACUACAACAACAACAUCACCAACAACAACAGCAACAACAACAACACCAUCAACAACAGCAGCAACAUCAACAGCAGCAGCGAGUAAACGUGUCCUCUUCUGGUCUCGCGGGGUCCUCCAACAACGUCGUUCAGCAGUUAUUACAGGCGGUGAUGAGUAAACAGCAGCAACAACAAGUUUUGAAACAGCAGUUUCUACCUCCUCCGAAGCAGAGGCCCUCCGCAAGUCACCACAACCAUACAACUCAACCUCAGAAUCAGAACCAACAUUUGAUGUUAAUAGAAAACGCUUUGAAAGGAUCGAACCCAAAUCUGGCGGCCAACUUGAAAACCUUACAGGUACCCCAUUAUCAAGACCAGCUGAAGGCAAAGAGUUCCAACCCGUCGGACAUCAAGAACGAACUGACAGCUAUUAUUUCAAAUGUACUACGGUUACGCAACUCGCAGCAGCAAAUGGAGGGUUCGUCUCCGAAGCCCCUGAAGUCGCCCUCGCUAAGACGGCAGAUACAGACGGCAGCUCACCGCCCCAAACUGAACACCACCUCACUGUACAAUGUUAACAAGCCUGGUCCUAGUCACAUUCAACAACUUAGGAAACCAGUCAGAGUUCCCACCAUCGACCUGCUACAGAACCUGCCGGUGGUGCAUCACAGCAAAGAGAAAGUACAGUUUCUGAGCGUGGUGGGGCUGAUAACUAGACAGGAGCACCAGCGCCUCAUUCUCUCACAUGCUAACAGGAAGAGGAGAAUAGAGGAGGCUAGGAACAUUCUGCAGCUGGAAAAAGUUUCUUUUGAGAGGAAAAGAAAACGACCUAGAAAAGAUGACAUGGACAACGAUGGUGACACGCACGAAGACUACUACAACACGCACGACAACUACUGCAGCAAGUGCCGGAUGGCAGGGGAGCUGCUCAUGUGUGACAAAUGCCCACGUGUUUAUCAUCUCUUUUGUUUGGAUCCUCCACUUAAACAAGUUCCUGAUGGGGAAUGGUUCUGUUCUAAGUGUAAGGAGGAGAAGGACGCGGAGGAGAGUAUGGACGUGAACGUUAUUGAUGUCAUGGAGGAUCCGGCCGUAGAUCAGGAGAGUCGAGAACAGAUAGAGGAAUUGCACAGAAAGUUAAUUGAAGCGAAACGAGUCAGACUUGAUUUAGAAAACACCACUGAUAUAACGUGAGCAUAUCGCAAGAAUGGUCCAACUCCCCUUGAAGCAGAGAAGACCCUCACAAAUACCAGUAACACAGUGACGACAUCAGUUCCGUGACGUCACAUUUCGUCUCAGAGACGUCACACUUCGUCACACGUUUUAAAUGCGAACACACGGGUUGGUCUCGUGAAUCUGUUGUAAACACGACGUGAGGCAGAUAUUAUUUUCAUUUAAAAUGGAAACGGCUCCAAACACGUCCUUUAAUUCUGACCUGCAAAUUAGUGCUUCAAUUCAAACUGUGAAACUAACUCUUUAAUUCUGUCUAUAAUAUCUGCCAUCGACAAGCCUAAAGAACCAACCAAUACCGUGAAUAUAAAUGACGACAUGGGUGCUAUUGCUAUUUCUAUGCCAAAUUGAUGAUUUAGAAGGCUACACUCAAUUGUUUUCUACGUGAAAUAAAGAUUACCAUUCGGGCAUCAAAACUUCUGUUUGCAGCCGUUUUUAGUUGCCAUUUUGGUUAAAUAUUUGAGAAGCGAAACAACUACGAUUUGAAGUGUUAUAUUUAUUUUCUAUUUAGUGUCCACUGCCGUUUUAUACUUACGUCCCUCGAUUUAGCUUUGACUGGUGUAUUGUUAAGUUUGUACGAUACAAGGAAUUUCCGGGAUUUUAGGGUCGUGUUGUCACAUUUUCCCCCGAGAGUUUUGGAGCUCGGAAGUGAGAGAAAUAAUCUCAAUGACAAACUUCGAUCAAUUUUCCAAAUUUUACAACAGUAACAUAAUCGAUUAACGGUCUAUAUUAUCAUUUGUAGAAACACUAGCAAUUUCUGUAAAUUUUUGGAUUUGAAAUGAGUAAAGUUCCCUACAGACAUAUUGAAAGUUGAUUAAAUUAAUUUCGUUUUAUUUGAAAGUUGAGUGCCACUUGUUACCAUGCAUUUUCAUAAACAUACUGAGAACCAGCAGAAAUAAACAACUAAUGUGAUAUUUUAUCAGUUAAACUGUCGAUUUCAACUCUUGACGAUAUGCGAAGGAUAUUUCGUUCAUUGAUCAUUUCUAAAAUGUUUUCCACUGACACUACCAACAGAGUAAAAUAGUGUGUAACUAUUGUGUGUAUGGGAAGGGCCAUUUGCUCAUGGAAACCCUUUCAUGAGCGUUUCUCAUUUAUUUUUAUCGUAUUAGUUUUCUAGUUUCUGGCAAACUGAACCUGGUGGUUUUAUUCGAAGCUCAGAAAUUCAAUGAACGUUAAAUCUUGUUAUUUUGAUAGUUUGAUUGCAGUGAACCGUAAAUCCACUAAAUUCGAGACGUGUGUUAAGUGUUCGUCUAUCAAGUCACAAUGUUACAAUUUACAGUUUAAUUG